CGGGAAAGUCUCUAUAACGUGCUCAAAGCCUACACCCUGAGCCAUCCAGGGAAGGGUUACUGUCAGGGGCAAGCGCCGUUGGCCGCCGUUCUCCUCAUGUUUAUGCCUGAGGCGGACGCCUUUGGGACAUUCAAUAAAAUCUGCGACAACUACCUCGAACACUACUACGAUGAGGGUUUGGCCUGCGGUCUACCGUUUCUGCGCCUGGCCUUCCAACUAGUUGUCUGCCAACAGUAUGAGGCGAGCGUUUUUGAUGUUGUUGUUGUUGUUGUUGCUUCCCUUAACUUGUACCUUUGCGCUGGGUUGAAGCGCAACGACGGGCCUGAAGCAAGCUCCGCUCUACGCGUGCCGCAGCACGACUGGUUUUCCCACAACCGAAUCUGA